UUAGCGACGAGGGCAUCCUUUAGAAAGUGGCUGUGCUUCUUCUCUCCUCCUGCACACAACAAAAACAGCAUUGAUUUUGAAAAUUAGAUUCUCUCCGCUUCUAUGUCUUUCCCGAGAAAACCCGGGACAGCCAUUCACACCGCUCUCUCUUCAAUCGUCUUCUUCUUCUUGGACCUCAUUGACGUGAUUCUCUGCGUCGUUUACGAGUUCGUCGACGAGAUUUUGGAAGGAAAAUCAAGAGACUGUUACUGCACGGCGGCGGCUUCUCAAAGCACCGGUGAAAAUGAGUUCUCGGAAACUUUAUUCCGGAGGAGAAACAUUUUCCGGGAAAUGUGGUUUGUGGGAUUCGCUAGAAAAUUCAAAUCCAAGCUUUCCCAGAAAAUGAGAAAAUCUAAGAUUCAUGAGUCGGUGAAUAGAUGGUCAGAUUGUGGUUGCCAAUCUUGCAAUUCGUGGACGAAGAACGAAUAUGGGAAUCUUCACGUUGUGGUCAAAGAUUCUACUUCUCCAGAGUACUCUGUUCAAGAACCGUCCGAGAAUGUAAUAUUUAUACAUGGUUUUAUGGGUUCAUCACAUUUUUGGACAGAGACUGUGUUUGAACACAUUGAGAAAUAUGAUUAUAGGCUCUUCGCUAUCGAUCUUUUGGGAUUCGGGGAUAGUCCUAAGCCAAGAGAUAGUUUCUAUACAUUGAGAGAUCAUGUGGAGACGAUAGAGAGAUCUGUCAUUAAGCCGCAUCAAUUAGAUUCAUUUCAUGUAGUUGCACAUUCGAUGGGUUGCUUAAUUGCUCUUGCUUUGGCUGCUAAACACUCCAACAUUGUUAAAUCCGUCACUCUUGUUGCACCGCCUUAUUUUCCUUCAUCAGUUGAAGGAUCGGUCUUGAACCGAAUCGCUAAAAAGCGGUUGUGGCCACCGCUUGCCUUUGGAACCGCAGUGAUGUCUUGGUAUGAACAUAUCGGUAGAUGCGUAUGUUUCAUAAUCUGCAAGCAUCACAAGAUAUGGGAGUGGCUAAUCAACCUAUAUAUGGGUAAAAGGGAGAUUCCUUGGAAGAUAAAGGACAUAACAAGGCACACACAUCACUCUGCAUGGCAUAGUAUGCACAAUGUGAUAUGUGGUGGCUCCAAAUUUGCUGAUGAACAUCUCGAAACCUUAAUAAACUCUGGCGUUAAGAUUCACUUGAUGCAAGGCGACCGCGAUAAAAUCGUUCCUUCACAUUGCUCUAGCAACAUGAAGAGGAAAUUUCCGGCGGUGGAAGUGGAUAUCAUCGCUGGUGCUGAUCAUGAUAGUAUGAUAAGUUUAAGAGGAGAAGAGUUUGCUGAAAAAUUGGAGAGCAUUUGAGCCAUGGAUACCGAAUUCCUCCGAACCCUAGAUCGUCAGAUUCUUUUGGGUGUCUUCAUCGCUUUCGUCGCCGCCGGUGCUGGUGCUGCUUAUUUUCUUACAUCCUCCAAGAAACGCAGAGUGUGCUUGGAUCCAGAGAAUUUCAAGGAGUUCAAGCUUGUUAAGAGAAAUCAACUUAGUCACAAUGUGGCCAAGUUCAUUUUUGAACUUCCAACUUCUACCUCUGUGUUGGGUCUUCCCAUUGGACAACACAUCAGUUGCAGGGGAAAGGAUGGUCAAGGAGAGGAUGUUAUUAAGCCAUACACCCCGACUACCUUAGACUCAGACGUUGGACGUUUCGAACUUGUCAUUAAGAUGUAUCCGCAAGGAAGGAUGUCUCAUCAUUUCAGGGAGAUGCGUGUUGGAGACCAUCUUGCCGUUAAGGGACCAAAGGGUAGGUUCAAGUAUCAACCAGGUCAGUUUAGGGCAUUUGGAAUGCUUGCUGGAGGUUCAGGCAUCACUCCCAUGUUCCAAGUCGCCAGAGCAAUUCUAGAAAACCCAACAGACAAGACAAAGGUGCACCUCAUUUACGCCAAUGUCACAUAUGACGACAUUCUCUUGAAGGAAGAAUUGGAGGGUCUUACCGCCAAUUACCCAGAUCAAUUCAAAAUCUACUAUGUUUUGAACCAGCCUCCGGAAAUAUGGGAUGGUGGUGUUGGAUUUGUAUCAAAGGAAAUGAUUCAGACUCAUUGCCCUGCACCGGCAUCCGAUAUUCAGAUCCUAAGAUGCGGGCCACCGCCGAUGAACAAGGCCAUGGCUGCAAACCUUGAAGCUCUGGGAUACUCUCCGGAGAUGCAAUUCCAGUUCUGAUAUGAAUCUCUUCUUUUGAUUGCUCAGAAACGGAACUCAUAAUAAGUUAGUUACAAUCCCACAUAUCAGAGUUGUGUCUUAACUGAGUGAGAGUUGUAUUUUCUGUUGUGCGUUUGUGUUAGCCCACCUGAAGUUUCAAUUGAUUGGUUUACGAAUUGGUUAUAAAUUUUGGUUUACGUA